UAUCAUGGAUGAUCGAGGACUUGGACGCCAUCGAGCCGGCCCCACUGGAAUCACAGAGGACACCGACGAGGCUGUGCACCUGCGACGAGAGCGAUGCUCGCACUAGAGAGCGCGUUAGUUUCCUGAGAGUUCGCAGCACCGACGUGACAUGGGGUACCAGCAGCUUCCUGUCGCCCGACGAGGCAAUCUGGGAUCUGAGAAGGCGCACCAGCGAGGGUACGGAGUUCCGCUGGGAGCUCCAUACCUCGAGCACCGAUCUGGAUCUCGCCAGGAAGACGAAGUGCAGUUGCCACAGCCUGACUCCGGAGGAGAAGAAGCCGGAGGGCGUGCAUCGUGGCGAUCUCAGGAAGCAUCACAGCGCGGAAACGGACAAGUGGUCGGUCGAGAAUCUGUUGACGCCGAUGCACGACCUAAGGAAACACAGCAGCGACGACACCAGAUUCGCGAGGGAAGCCAGAUGGUUGCAGGUGCCAGACGUGAUGCCGAAUCCUAAGCCGAGGUGCACCUGUCCCAAGGUAAAAACGCCGGCCCCCGCGUCACCCGUGGAACCGAAGCCGGAGGAAAAAGAGCCGGAAAAACCGAUACAGAAGGAGGAAAAGAAAUUGUAUUAUUCAAAGUCGCUGACGCCCGAGGAAUCGACUGCGCCAUGGGAAAAACCGGAAGUAAAGAGACAAGCUAGCGAGGAUCCGAGAGCUGCCAGAGCCAGAAAACCUAGAGAUCGACCCAAGCUGGAGCGCUCCGCUCAAGUGAGAAGCGAAAGUUCGAGAAGAUGGGGCUUCAGGGUGUCAGAGAAAGAGAAAGAAAAGGACAAAGAAAAGGUUGUCAGCCCGGCGGAAAGCAAGAAGCCGAUACGAGCAAGGUGGGCCAUGAAGCCGCAUGUCUCUCUGCCCGCCGAGAAAAAAGCGCCGAAGUGGUACAGAAGUCAGGAGGAGACAAAGAGCAAGAGUCUGCGCGAACGACCCAAGUACAGCAUACGCAGGAGCAUGUCGCCGGAGCCGGAUCCACGGCAAAUGACCAAGCUGGAGAAUAGGAUCGUGCGACGUUUGAUCUCGCCGGAGAUUACCAUUACCAGCACCAAAUGGACGCCCUACGAGGACUCGUCGCCGCUACCGACGAUCGGGAUAAAGAAGCGCGAGCAAAAGCACAUCAGCGAGAUCAAAUGGACACCGUAUGACGAGUCGCCGAGCGACAUUCCGGUCGAGGUAAUCGAUGACAAGAAAUGGUCACCCUUCCACAACGUCACGCCCACGCAUUGUCCGCCGCCGGAGCCGGCGACGCCCUGCAAGAGCGACGACGAAGAGUUUCGAAUGAAGAUUCUCAACCAGGCUCCCACACCGUUCCCGCUCUACCAGGGUGGCUGGAAGGACGAGUCGCCGGAGAGGACGCCGCCGAAGAAGGUGACCACACCGGAUGACCUGUCGCCGCCCGUUUGGUCGCCAAUGCCCACCACACCCACCUCCAAGCGAAAGAGUAUCGCUCAACCGGAAUAUUCGCCGGAGUACUCACCGUCGGAGCGCAGAUUCAGCAAGCCCCGGCUCAUUCGGAAGGGUGCGUUCAGGACGAAAACGUCGAUCCCCACUACCAAUCCGCUGGAGGACAGACUGCCGCAGGCCGGGCCUCCCCCGCCGACCGUGAUAAUACGCGCCGCUAGCGAGGAUAAUAAGCGGCAGAGGCCCCAGUUGACCAGAUCCAAGGCUCUACUGGAGGUGCCAAAGCAUAUAGAUGCAACGAAGAGAUCGUUGAGCGAAGAGGGACCGCGCAUGCAGCCCCGCGAGCGUCCCAAACCGCCCGGUAGAACUCGAAGCGAGGAGGUGUCCAAGUACGACGACCCUUGGUUCAGGUCCGAGUCUCCCGAGUUGCGCGAAUACGUCACGACGGUAUAACGAAGGCUUCCCAUAAACCGUCGGUCGGAUAUAUUAUCGGCGGUGAACAUCGGCACUGGCUUCCUUACUUUAUAAUCGACGCGCUCAUCACGGGCAGCUCAGCGAAAUGCAGCGAGAUGCAAAUCGAAAUGGAGAUCGUGUACAGCUUAAAGGAAUUAUUAUUUUCUAAUAUCCAUUACAUUACAUACGAUUUUAUAAAGUUACUGAAUAAAAAGAAAAACGAGAUCUCAGACUCAAAUGACGAUGGGCCGUUAAAUUGGGGUUCAAACCACCAUUCGGAGAGAGAGGCGUCCCGCGAAAGACUGCGGCUCGGUUUCCUGGCAAGGGCCUCACGAAGAAAUACAAUCUUCGAAAAUCCACCUAAAAAACAAGACGGCAGGGCACAAUUAAUCAAUCAAGAUGAAGAUUAACGAGGUCGAACGAGACAUGAAGGAAAAUUCUAACACGAUCGCGCCCGCCUGGGCGCCGAAAACUUCGUUGGCCUACACGAAGACUACAAUGGAAAAUAAACGAAAAAAUAGUAAGAAAAAAAAAAAGAAUGAAAUAACUCGGAAAACAUUUUCGGCAUUCGACGAUCAUUUCCACGGAGAAACGAGUUCCAAGGAACGGGCGGAAGUCGAGGCGAGGGGUCAAGGACUGACUAUUUAUUUAAAUAGCGUAAUAUAUACGUGUGCGUUUUGUCGCGCUCGCGGGGAAGCGGAGGUACACCUCCUCGGAGCGCGGCGCCUGUAUGUUCUCAGCUCAAGACAAAAUGUAGGAUGUCGCGCGCGGACCGGGCGGACAUCCGGUGAACUCUAUUGAGAUGAGCGGAUGGGUUGUCGCCCGGCGGACGCGAACAAGACGGUUCACGAUAGGGCGUUGAUUGAUAGUUCUAUAACGUAAUUAGUAACGUAAUGCUAAAACGAUUAAAGUAUCGACUAGGGAAUAAUAAUAAUGACAUGAAUCUCUAUAGUAUACUGUAAGCGUGACUCGUCGAUUCGCAGAGAGAGCGCUCCGCCGCGGAGGAUGGGAGAUCGAAAAUACACACAGGGUGCGUCCCGUGCGUGGAGCGUGGAGCGAUCCGCCUCGAUCGUGGACGCGCGCGAACAAAUAACGCUAAGCAUAAUUCGUAAAGUAUACGCGCGUCCCCCGUACGUAUACACGUAAUUAUAUAUAAUAUUUAUAAAGUUCGCGUCCGAGCGGCAAGUAGAUAAUAGGAGAAGGUAGGAGAAAAAUGUGGAAGAGAGAGGAGGGAGAAAGAAAAUUUGCGGAGAUUCGAAUGCGCCGAUUCGAACGCAUCGUGAUCAAAGGAUUGGCCUCGUUCCAGGGGCAACGCGGAUCCCGAUGGUGUUCCGCUCGUUCGAGAGCUGUCGGGACUCGACGAGAUACGACUCUUUGUUAUUCGUUCAUAUUUGUUUUUUUCCUUUCUCUCUCUCUCUUUUAUACGUGAUAUCAGCGAGAUUGUUAGAUCGCAUAGUGUCGCGGUCGACAAUCGCGCGUUUGGAUUCAGAUCCGCGACGAUCGAUUUCGUUCGUUAUUCGGGCGACAAUCCGGCGGACGUGAUGUGAAAAAAAAAAAAACGUGGAAGACGAAGGAACGCCGCCGGAUACAUAGCCCUCCGUGUGCCGGUGUGUGCAAUAUUAGAUAAGGGGUUGAAACGCGUCGGUGGAGAAUCGCGUGAAUACGGGAUACUAAGGGAUUUAAAAAAAAAAUAAAAUAAAAUAAAAGAGAAGAAAGCUGACAAGGUGUGUCCGUAGGGGCGAUCGGCUGCGCGUACUUGAUCAUUUCUCCCUUUGUCCUUGGUGCGACAAUAUAUAGUUCGUUUUCGAUUGAGCACCAGGUCUCAUUUUUGUGUUUGCGUUGCCACUCGCGCGCUUAGUCUCUUUAGUUUCGCGCUCGCGUAUGAAGGGCGCUUCGUCGCUCCCGCCCUCGACAUAGGAUACUCCGUACAAGUCACCCUCCCCCCACCCCCUGUUUGCGCCCGUGAUCUUUUCUAUAUCGUGCGUGUGUCUCGUGAACGAUGCGGCUCGGUGUUCUCGGUGCGGUUGAUAUUAUUGUGUAACGCAUAGGGGAUUUCACACUUAGGCACGUGAACAGCACCGUUAACGGGGAAGCAACCCCCACGCGCGUGUAUUAGUCGGGCGCAUUAGUGGUCGCCCGAGUACGCUCGAGCGACGACGCUGAUUAGACACACCAGUGUCCCUUCGCGCUCCCUCGUGGGCGAUCUCGUGUCGCGCGCGAACGGCCGCUGUCGUUUAGCGCAUAAUUUUUUAAGAUAGCCCCGCGUAUUAAUUAACGUCGCGUGAACGCCUCACGCUAGUAAUUUCGUACGCGGUUUACGCGCGCGAUACUCAUCUACGUAUCUUUUGCCGCUCUUUCUCUCUCGAUGCACUCUCUCGAUGCACGGCUUCCCUUCGUUCCCUUUCGGUCUUAUCGAUCGUCCGUAAUAAUCUUUCCCGGAACAAGAUCGAUGAGCGAUUAAUGAUAUUACUUGCGAUUAAUAAUAUAGUAGAAGUGUAAAUCGAGUACUCGUAGAGCGAAGUAUCCGGGGGUGAGGACGGUCCGUUUCGUUCGUAUCUCACCCUCUGAGCGUCACGAGAUCGAGCGUUAACCGUCAGCACUCGAGGCAUUCCGUGCGUUUCUUCUACAGAUAAAUAGAAAUAAUAAAAAAAAAAAA